UUGCCCCCUCCUGGCCGGGUAAUGCUUGCAAUGUCCGUAUGAGGCGCCACAUCCAGCCUACACUAUUUGCAUGUAACUUCCAUCUGGACCAGUUUAUUUGAUCCGCUUGGUUUAAACAUAAGAAUAUCGAGUAUUUUCAGUUUCUGAACGAAUCCUCUUAUAACUCAAGAUGCCUCGCAGACGGCAGAGACAUAUGGCAGGGAGUGGAUCUGAUGGAACGGAAGAUUCAGACUCCUCUGCUGAAAGAGAGCAAACCAAUAGUUCUGAAAGUGACGGCAACCGGCCCAAGAGACAGCGCCUCACCAGAGCCUCCACUCGUCUGAGCCAGAGUUCUCACGACACAUCCGACUUGAAGCAGACUGCCGAUCAUGAUGAAUCCCCGCCAUUGACACCCACAGGAAAUGCGCCAUCCUCCGAGUCUGAGCUGGAUAUCUCCAGCCCCAAUGCCUCUCACGAUGAGGGCCAGGCCAAAGAUCAGGCCAACAGGGACUCUGAUAAGGACCUCUCCCACCGACCCAAACGUCGUCGAUGCCAUGAGACUUACAACUUUAACAUGAAAUGCCCCACCCCUGGGUGUAAUUCACUUGGCCACCUCACAGGAAAACAUGAACGUCAUUUUGCUGUGUCAGGAUGUCCUCUCUAUCACAACCUUUCUGCAGAUGAAUGCAAGGUGAAAGCUGUCAGCCGUGAGAAGCAAGAAGACGAGCUAAAGAUGCAGGAAGAGAGCAAUUCCCGACAUGCAACACGUCAUCAGACACCAACAUCGAAGCAGAGCAGAUACAAAGAGCAAGUGGCUGAAAUGAGGAAAGGGAGAAACUCUGGCCUGCAGAAGGAGCAGAAAGAAAAGCACAUGGAGCAUCGGCAGACUCACGGCAACACUAGAGAGCCUCUGCUGGAGAACAUCACCAGCGACUACGACCUGGAGCUUUUUAGGAAAGCCCAGGCUCGUGCCUCUGAAGACCUGGAGAAGCUGCGCAUCCAGGGUCAGAUCACAGAGGGCAGCAACAUGAUCAAGACAAUCCUGUUUGGCCGCUAUGAGCUGGACACCUGGUACCACUCGCCCUAUCCCGAGGAGUACGCCCGCCUGGGUCGCCUUUAUGUGUGUGAAUUCUGCCUCAAGUACAUGAAAAGCCAGACCAUCCUCAGGCGACACAUGGCCAAGUGUGUGUGGAAGCAUCCUCCAGGAGAUGAAGUGUACAGGAAAGGCACCAUAUCUGUGUUUGAAGUUGACGGCAAGAAAAACAAGAUCUACUGUCAGAAUCUGUGUUUACUGGCCAAGCUCUUCCUGGACCACAAGACGUUGUACUAUGACGUGGAGCCUUUUUUGUUUUAUGUCAUGACUGAGGCCGACAACACAGGGUGCCAUUUAGUGGGAUACUUUUCCAAGGAGAAGAAUUCCUUCCUCAACUACAAUGUUUCUUGCAUUCUGACCAUGCCACAAUACAUGAGGCAGGGCUUUGGCAAGAUGCUCAUUGACUUCAGCUACCUGCUGUCUAAAGUGGAGGAGAAGGUGGGAUCCCCAGAGAGGCCCCUGUCGGACCUCGGCCUCAUCAGCUAUCGCAGCUACUGGAAGGAAGUGUUACUGCGAUACAUGCACAACUUCCAAGGGAAAGAGAUCUCCAUCAAAGAGAUUAGUCAGGAAACCGCCGUCAAUCCCGUGGACAUUGUGAGCACGCUGCAGUCUCUUCAGAUGCUCAAAUACUGGAAGGGGAAGCACUUGGUGUUGAAGCGACAGGAUCUGAUUGAUGAAUGGAAAGCAAAGGAGGUCAAGAGAGGCAACGGCAACAAAACCAUUGACCCCAGCUCGCUGAAAUGGACUCCUCCCAAGGGGACAUAAGCACUAAGAUCCUCAGGCUACUGAAUAAACUCACCUCCACAGCCUCACCAGCCGCAAGUAGCCUCGACCUAACUGUCAGUAUAGAUUAAAGCGUCCUUUUUUGUCGUUAUUUCAUUUUAUACUUUUUAUAUUUGACCCCUUUUUGUGUGUGGAGCGCCAUAUGUUCCAGUUAAAUCAAAGGAAAAUUAUUUAAAUUGCCUUUUUGUUAAGUUGAGUUUUGAACGUUAAACAGUAGAUGACAUGAAUGUGCUCAUACACAAUACACAUCUCUAUAUUAGGGAGCAGUGGAGAUUAGCAUUAGUAUGAUUUGAAACUGACCAGAGCAGAGGAGAAUGACAAUGUCAGGUCUUUGGUUGGCAUAUCAUUGUAUAGCUGGUCAUUCUUUAUUCUUUGCUCCAUCAGUACAGGAUUCUGUCCCAUUCCGCUGGUAAACCUGCCAAAUAAUGAAAUAGUAUCUUUGGCUUGCUGCAAAUUGAAAACAUGAUGAUACCACUGUAUUAAAAAAAAAAAAAAAUGCACAUAAAGUAAAAUAAAACAACCUCAGGUUUUUAUACCGAUAUAAACAUGCCCUUCUUGUGUGCUUUCUCUAAUGAAACGUGUCACUGUGGUCGUCGCAGUUGCCGCUGAUCUGGUUACUGAUUUUGUAGUACAGAAAACAAAACAUUUGCCUUUUCUUUUUCAAUUAAAUUAUUAAAAAAUGCUUUUAGGGAUGUGAUAUUUU